AUGAGCCUCACGCUGCUGCUUCACUUCACUCUGGUGUCAGCCGCCGCCGCCGCCGCCGCUGCUGCCGUCAUCGUCAAUAAUAACGGCACUCAGCCUCUCAAGCUGCUCAUUGGCUUCCAGGCUCCGCGGAACAUGUCAUUCCCGUUCAGCGCCUUGAGGCUGGGCUCGGCCCUGCAGAUCGCCGUGGACAAGGUGAACACCAACCCUGCCCUGCUGGGGAACUACAGCCUGGACUUUGUGUACAGGGACACGGACUGCCGGCCCAAAGAGUCGCUGGGAGGCUUCAUCCAGCAGGUGUGGAGGGAAAACGUGUCGGCGCUGUUCGGCCCGGCGUGCCCAGAAGAAGCCGAGGUCACCGGCCUGAUUGCGUCCACGUGGAACAUCCCGAUGUUCGGCUUCGUGGGUCAGUCUUUCAAAAUGGACAACAGCGAGAUCUACGACUCCUACAUCAAAAUCGUGCCUCCUCUCAAGAGGAGCGCCGAGGUCCUGGUGAAGACCCUGGAGUUCUUCGGCUGGACUCACGUCGCCAUGAUCGGGAGCGGAUUGGAGUCAAACACUUGGGACAAAGUCGACGCUUUGUGGAAAACGGUGGAGGAUCCGCUGAGAGCCAAGUUCAAGCUGAACGCUGCCGUGAAGUUCGACACCAGCGACCCUCAGCAGGUCCACCAGAACGUGAAGCUCAUCGCCACGGUGGCCAGAGUUAUCGUGGUGCUGACCAACAGGGACGACGCCAUGGCUCUGCUGCUGGAGGCCGAGCGUCAGGGUCUGAUGAACGGCGACUACGUCUUCUUCCUGGUGCAGCAUUUUGAGGAUAACUUGUGGAAAUAUGCCCUGAACAGCAGGUUGAACCAGGCUGCCAUCAGAGCCUUCGACAUGACCUUCAUCAUCGGCCACAAAUCCUACGAAGGCUACGAGUACUACGACUUCUUCGACCAAGUUUUCGAAAGACUGAAAGAACACCCGUUUAGAAGCAACCUGUCGUCCGAGAGAGAGGUCAGCCCCUACUCGGCCUACCUGCAUGACGCUGUGCUUCUUUACGCGAUGGGACUGAAGGAAGUCCUGAAAGACGGCAAGAAUCCUUACGACGGCCGGCACCUCCUGCAGAGAUUAAAAAACAAGCGCAGCAUUCGAUUUUAUGGUGCUUCCGGACUAGUCCACUUUGACGAGGAGGGGGAGAGAAAUCUGGACUAUUCCAUCUACGACCUGCAGCACACAGGGGACACCACCAAGUUUGUGCCCAUCCUGCACUUUGACAGUCACACCAAAGACGUCCGACCGACGUCUAUGUUUGCUUCCAUGGUGUGGCCCAAAGGACGGCCUCCCUCUGACAUCCCAGAGUGUGGCUUCAACAACGAGCUGUGUGAAUGGCUGCGUAAUGACGUGGCCCUGCUGGCUCUGCUGGUCACCUUCCCCGUCAUCGGCAUCCUCGCGCUGUUGUUCAUCGGUGUUCUGAUGCUGCAGAAGCUGCGACUGCAGACGAGGCUGGACGACUCCUGCUGGUGGAUGAUCAGCUACAGCGACAUCACCAUCAUCAGGGAGCCCUCGGGAGGUCACGGUGUGUCCUUCAGCACCACCUGCAGUCAGAGUGGAACUGGAAGUUCUAUCUCCAGUUUCUCCAACAACAGCUUUGGUCUGAGGGACAAGAUGGGAAAAGAACACGUCUACACCACCAUCGGUCUCUACCAGGGGAAUCAAGUGGCUGUCAAGUACAUCAAGAACCCCAUUUGCUGUAAUUUCCAGAAACCUUCGAUCGUCACAGAGUUCAACGUGAUGAAAGAGAUGAAACAUGAGAACCUGGUGCAGUUCUUUGGCGUUUGCAUCGACCCCAUCUGUCUGGUCAUCCAGUACUGCAAGAAAGGCAGUCUGAAGGACAUUCUGAAGGCUACAGACGUUGAGCUGGACGGGAUGUUCAAGCUGUCCUUCGCGUACGACAUUGUCAACGGGUUGGAGUUCAUUCACAAAAGCAGACUAAAGUUUCACGGGAACCUGAAGCCGAGCACAUGUCUGGUGGACAGUCGGCUCCAAAUCAAACUGUCCGGCUUCGGGCUGUGGGAGUUUAAAUACGGCAGCAAGAGCAAAACCAUCCCACUGGAAAACCCCAAUUACGCAGAGAUGUACUGGACGGCUCCGGAGCUGCUGAGGCAGGUCGGCCUGCUGGUCAACGGGACGCCCAAAGGUGACGUCUACAGCUUCGCCAUCAUCCUGUGGGAGCUCAUGUACAACUCCAAGGCUGGGCCGUAUCAGGACAUCAACCUGGACCCCAAAGAGAUUAUCAUGCAGCUGAGGACGCCGUUCCAAGGAGAACCUCUGCGACCGGUUCUGUCCGAGCAGCUGUGCGAGGAGAACAUCAACACCCUGCUGAGGUCCUGCUGGAACGAGAACCCGGACCACCGGCCGCCAUUCGGGUCCAUACGGAGGAGGCUGAGGGACACCAGUCCAGACAGUCAUGCAAACAUCCUGGACAACAUGGUGGACAAGCUGGAGAAGUACGCCAACCACCUGGAGGAGGUGGUGGAGGAGAGAACCAAUCAGCUCACAGCGGAGAAAGCUCGUGCAGACAAGCUUCUGUCCAGCAUGCUACCAAGGUACAUCGCCGAUCAGCUGAUGGCGGGAAACUCGGUGGAGCCGCGGAGCUACGACCUGGUGACCAUCUUCUUCUCCGACAUCGUGGGCUUCACCUCCAUGUGCUCCGUCAGCUCGGCGAUGGAGGUCGUGACCUUCCUCAACGACCUCUACAGCCUGUUCGACGACAUCAUCAAGAUGUACGACGUCUACAAAGUGGAAACAAUCGGUGACGCCUACAUGGUUGCCAGCGGUUUGCCGCUCAGCAACGGCAACAAACACGCCUUGGAGAUAUCCACCAUGGCUCUACACUUCCUGAGGUCCAUCAAGGUCUUCCGAAUCCGUCACAUGCCGAUGGAGAGUCUCGCGAUUCGUGUCGGGAUUCACUCUGGUCCAGUGGUUGCUGGAGUCGUGGGAACCACGAUGCCUCGCUACUGUCUCUUUGGUGACACAGUGAAUAUGGCCUCUCGCAUGGAAAGCAACAGCUUACCCAUGAAGAUUCACAUUUCCCAGAGCACGGCCGACAUCCUCGUCCAGGAGGGAUCGUUUGAGCUGGAGGAAAGAGGAGAAAUCGAGAUGAAGGGUAAAGGCUAUCACAAGACCUACUGGCUGCUCAACAAGAUCGGCUUUAAUCCUCCUCUCAUCGUCCACGACUCUCCGCCGGCCGACAGCGUCAAAAAACCAGGAGUGGCCAGAGCGGCGGAAAGAAAGGCCCAGAAGACCCUGAGCAACGCUCACGUGGCAGAAUGCACCAUGACGGCGGUGCACAUCUGA